CAGCGGCGGCCAAAGUGUGGUUCCUCGGAGCAGUUCGGAUGGUUAGUUGACGACCAGGUGUCAGAGGAUUCACCUUACACCUCUUCCCACACUGGGCGCCCUGGCCGUCGCAACAUGGGCCGCAUUUGGAAAUCGGCUUUGCUAAUCAGGAGUCGCAGUUUGCGACAUUCCUCGACCACCUCCCCAACUAUACUUGGUGACUGUGCCGUCGAGAGCUCCGUGGACGGGCAGGUGGGGCAGGUCAGGCCCAGGCCUUAUCAAGACAUUCCCGGCCCCCCGGGCCUCCCAGUCAUCGGAAACACCUGGCGCUUCCUACCUAUCAUCGGGCAAUACCGCCUGGGAGAGCUGGACCGAGCCAUGCAGGACCUCCACCAGCGGUACGGCCGGCUGGCCAGGCUCGGCGGGCUGCUGGGCCACCCGGACCUGCUGUUCGUCUUCGACCCGGACCUCAUCGAGCAGGUGUUCCGGGCCGAGGACGAGGACGCGCUGCCCUGCCGACCGGCCAUGCCCUCCAUCCACUACUACAAGAGGACGCUGCGGGGCGACUUCUUCGGCGAGAUGCCGGGGGUGAUCGGCAUUCACGGGGAGAUGUGGAAGUCCUUUCGCUCUCGAGUUAACAAGGUAAUGCUCGCUGCCGAUGCCGCGAAAAACUUCACUGCGGAGCUGGAUGCGGUGGCCACGGACUUCAUCGCCAGACUCGGCACAAUGCGGGAUGAGAAGAAUGAACUUCCUGAUGACUUCAUCAACGAGCUUUAUAGGUGGAGCUUGGAGUCGCUGGGAGUGGCAGCCUUGGGCACGAGGCUAGGCUGCCUACGAGUUCGCGACCCGCACCAGCGUCUGGACCAGGCGGGCACGGAGCGGCUACUGGCCGCCGUCAGGACCUUCUUCGAGACCGUGGCGGUGGUGGAGCUCAGGAAGCCCUACUCGAGGUGGCUCCGCACCCGUGACUGGCGGAGAUACGUGGCCGCCCUGGACGUGUUCAGAGAGGAGUGCAUGCGGCACGUCGAGGGCGCGGCGGUCGGCGCUGGGCGGAGCACGGAUGGCGGCGGGCAGCGCGCACUCCUGCGGCAGGUCCUGGAACGCACUGGUGACCCCCGCCUCACCGCCGUCCUGGCCAUGGAUCUGAUGCUCGUGGGCCUCGACACGUCAUCUGUGUCGACGGCGACCUCCCUGUACCUUCUGGCGCGCAACCAGCCCGCUCAGGACAGAGUGUUUCAAGAGGUCAGCCGCCUGCUGCCAGGCCUGGACUCCGCGCUGGACACGGCCGCGACCGACAAGAUGCACUACCUGAGGGCGUGCGUGCGGGAGGCCCUGAGGAUGUUCCCAGUGAUCAUCGGCAACGGCAGAUGCCUUACCAAGGACACCGUCAUCGGCGGCCACCUGGUCCCACGCGGGGUGCACGUCAUCUUCCCGCACCUGGUCACCGGCAACGACGCGGCCAACGGUUUCCCCGACCCGCACCUCUUCCUCCCCGAGCGCUGGCUUCACGUCGGCCGGCCCGGCGCGGUGGGGUGCGCGGCGGCGGCGGCGAGCGGCCGGGCCCAGCACGCCUUCGCGGCGCUGCCCUUCGGCUUCGGGCGGCGGAUGUGUCUCGGACGGCGGCUGGCCGAGCAUCAGCUGCUCAUCCUGCUCGCGAGAAUUGUGCGCCGAUACCGUGUCGAGUACCAUUACGACGACUUCCAGUACGAGAUCACGCCCGUCUACGCGCCCAAGAACCCGCUUAAAUUUCGCCUCGUUGAAAGGAGCCACAGUGUCAAUUAUAAAUAA